GCCCAGCACCAUCCUUCCUUACAGCAUGGCUGUUGUUUGCAUCCUCAGCAAACUGAAGCCAGCCCUGGAGCCAGCCCUGGAAUCGCGCCUCCUCUACACCGCCCUCCACAAGACCUUCCUGAUGGCCACAGGGCACAACAGCCAGCACAUCCAGGGCAUGCAGCGGAUCAGCGUGGAGUACCUGGAGGCCACGCUGAGGUGUCUGCUGGCAACUGCCCCCAGCCUGGCCAGGCUGCAGUUCAUCGGAGAGCACUUGACCUUGUGGCUCCAGCUGGAAGAUGAGAGGGACAGAGCCACGGCCAUGAAGAUCACCACCAGCCUGCUCUGCUUUGCAGUCUCCCUCCUCCCACAGUUUGAGGACUCGCCCAAGGUGCCCCUGGUGGGUGACCUGGUGGCCCUGCUGGGUCUGUGCAUCAGCGACCCAGUGGAGGAGAUCAGCCGCCAGGCCAAGGAGGGCCUCUCCCACCUCUACAAGAUCUUGAUGCAUCAGAAGGGGCAAGACAUCCAAGAGGCACAGGAGCUGUGGCCCAUCAGCCAGCACCAGCACCACCUACACCGAAUCCUCCUCUACAUCGAUCUGGCCACAACGGGAGAGGCCUUCAGGAAGAUCCUCUCCGAAGACCAGAGGAGAGCGUUUGCACAGAGGGCACUGCUGGGGAUCCACCACAUCACACUGCACGUGAGCCAGGCCGGGGUGGUUCUGCUCUACGCCAUCCUGGGACAAGCUGGCCACCUGACGGGGGCAGAGGAGAAGGAAAUUCCCGUCAGGGUACUGAGGAAGCUCCUGAUCCUGAAAUGCUUCCAUCAGCUGCCCAAAGAGCUGCAGAGGCACAGUCAUCUGGAGAGUGCCUCAAGGAUCCCCUCCUCUCCGCAGCAGCCCCAUCCAUCCUGAUGCAAGCGAAGGCUGGGUGUGAGGCCACGGAUGCCAACUGCGAGGCAUGGGACACGGUGUAGGGGAGGUCGGAGCCGUGUAUAUAAGCCCUAGGUAUCAGCGUGUGGCAGGGCACUGCUAGUGCCUGCCACUUUAAGGGCUGGACCAGGCAUCCAGCAAGUGCCUGAUGGCAGCAGUCAUUUUGACAACUUUGUAUAUAAAGGCUGCAGUCUGCUGCUGCCAGCCGAGGCAGAAACAUCGCCUCGCUGAGCUGCAGCAGGAACAACCAGGCGGUAAGGGAAAGAGCUUAUGGGGAUGGCUAGGAGGCUCUUGGUCCUGGGCACGACCGAAAACUGCACCCUGCCGGGAAUGGGUGGCCUGGUGGGGCUCCUAGUGGCGUGGGAGCCCCCAGGAAAUGCCAGGCCAGUUACCACCCCGGUGAAAGGCGGGUCGGGGCGCCUUAAUAACCCCAGCUCCCACAACCAGGUGGGUAACCCCAUAGUAGGCCUGAGCCGGCGGACCCCUGUGAGAGAGCGGACUAGAUGCUCACAAUCCUGACUUGAGGCACCCUCAACUGGUCAGUGCUGGGGCCAGGAUCAGAAGGGUCAAAAGGGCCAGGGGCCCACUGUGAGGGACGCCCAGAGCCAAGGGGCUGGGGUUUCUGACUGGCCUUGGAGGGGAGGCCAGGGCCUGUGUGGCCAAAGGUCCCGGGGUGUGGGGCACACCUGAGAGGGGGAAGAGUGCAGGGAGGUAGACAGCCCAGAAUGAGGGCGGAGUAGGCCGCCUGAUUGGAAGGAGCCAGUUGGGGUCCAGACUGGAGGAUUACGGGGCCCAGGAUGGGGCCAAAGAUGCUAAGAACUGGGAUGCCAGCUGUGAGGCAUGAGCUGCAGCAUAGGGGAGGAUUUGGAGCUGCAGGUAACAUCCCCAGGCAUUCGGGCAAGAAAUGGACAGCGUACCGCUUAAUUAAGACCAUCCUUUUGUAUUGCCACGGUGUGGCAGGAAAGAGAGGCGGGCGCUUAGCCCAGAAAUAGGUGGGCAGGAAGGGCCUCCUGUUACACAGUGCAAGUAAGUGGGCAGCUUCCUGCCAUGUUCUCAUCUUUCACCUGUAUCAUCAAGGUUGUGGCAGGUGAGGGAGGCGGGCGGUUAGCCCUGAGACAAGUGGGUGGGUCAACGAUUUGACCGGCCCCAGGAUGCCCACUUGUUACCAGUGGACAGGAGGAUUAAGGUUCAACCAGACUGACCAGCAGCACUGGUGUUGCGGGGGACUCCUGCUUGGGACACCCCUCUGAAUUUGGCUGGUGUUUGCGAGAGACGCACUGAAAUUAGAUUAAGGGUUCAAAAACAUAAAAGGGAUUGCUUUAGGACUAAGAGGAACAUGAGAAUAAAGAGUAUAAAGGGUGAUAAUGACAAGGCAGGUAAACAAUGGGAAGCACACACAAUAAUACCGAUGCAGUACUUUACUAAAUAUCACAAUCAGCUGGAAGGCCCAAAUGAAAUAACAGGAAAAUGGAAAAUGGCAUCAAGGAAGCAGACAGUUAAGAACAGGGCAGAAAAUUAUGGCAUCCAGAGGAUGAAACCAGUCUGUCAAUCCAAGGUGGUUCAAAUAGGUUGGAAGGUCACCUGGGACUGGGUUGUUCAGCACUAUUGCCUCACCCUCCAUGUGGAGCAGAGAAGAUUACACUCACCAGUCUCUUAGAAUCGGAUGCAGCCAGGCACAGCUCUCCCACAACUCCAAUCGUAGCACCUUUGCCAGUGUAGUGAGAGAACAGCUGCUGAUGAGUCAGGCAGUUGUGUGAACUAUCCGAGGCCAAAGUACCCUUUAUAGAACCUACCUGAACAGCAUGUACCAAGAAUGGAAUCACCUUACUACGUCUUAGAGCUCAUCGUGUUGUGAGAAACUGGUUAUCAACUUUCAAUAUUGAGAUUGGGCGGUAGGCUCCACAUGUUAAACCUUUCUUUCACUUCUUGAGUAGAAAAAUAGAUAAAGCUGUUCUUGCUUCUCUAGACAGAAUUCCAUUUUCAACUAUUUCACUGUACAUAGUUUAUAAUAAUUGUUGCCAGACUUUUUUGGAAAGUUUUCUAAAAUUCAGAUGGAAAACUGCCAGAGCUUUCCCCUCUCUAAGAAAUGCAGCACCUCCGUAACUUUCUGUAACGUGAUCUCCUUCUCUAGUUCAAUUGCUUGACAUAUUCAAAUCUAAUUCAUAUAGCUUCUAAUCUAAUACUGUAUUAUCAUUGGAGGUAAUUAUUGCAGAGAUCUGCUAUUUGAUGCCUCUGCCUAAAGUCUUCUAGCCAAUAACUUACCUGCCUUGUCACGCCACUCAUAGUCAUGUUAACUCUCUUGACCUGACAUGCAAUCCCAUGUCAAAAUGUUUAUGUAUCAUCACAAGAGACUUAUUCUGUCUGUCUGGAGCACUCUGAUUAGUUGUCUUGGCAGCCAAUCGCAAUGCUGAAACUGAAACAACCAAAAGUGCAGACAGAAUAAGACCAUUUCAGACAGAUAUGUAGACAACUUAGAGGUAGAACGAAGCACUGGGGCGCUCUGCUGUGGAGUGGGUAGGGUCCGACGAGGGCACGGGGGUGAGGGGGCAGGGUUGAGAGGUGGGGAAAUAAAGCAGUGAGGGGCCCGUUCCCCUUUUUUCCCCUCCAGAACCUGCCUGCCUCUCCUGCAGCCAGAGGGAGAGCUGCCAGUGGGAUCUGAGCUGCUGGGGGCCUCCAGUGCUUCCCUGCAUGGUGAUGGUGCCCCACAGGACUGCCGGGCUGGGUGUCAGCGGGUGGGUGCUGCCCAUGCAGUGCCGCCACCACAGCGGGAAGCACUGGAGUUCCCUGCAGCUCAGGGGCUGCAUGAACCACUGGCAGCUCACUCCUCAGCCACGGGAGAUGCAGGCAGGUACCGGGAGGAAAAAAAAUGAAGAUCAGGCCCCUCACUGUUUUUGUGGGGUUUUUUACUUGGCAGAGCCUGCCUGCAUGAGUUGCCACUGGGUCUUACAGCCCCUGAGCUGUAGGAGGGCCUUGUACUUCCCGCAGCGGUGGCAGACCCCCACUGGGCCGGCUGGGCAGGGUGCUAGCUGCUCGGGUGCAGCCCCAGCUCUCAGGCAGUAUCUGCCAGAACCAACAGUGCAUGCGGCGCUGGAAGCCUGGGUGUUUUCAGGGAAACUCAGGCUUGGUGGGCUUCCAGCACCCCGCGCACCAUCCCUGCCACCUUCCCACCACCUGGAACCACCCGGGAAUGGACUGGCUGCCCCGGGAUGGUAGUGGGAUGGCAGCUGGGUGUGAUGGCAGCCAGAGAAGGUGUCAGGGAUGGGGUACGGGGCAGUGAAUACCCACCAAGCCCAAGCUUCCUCCAGCACCCCAUGUACCAUCCCCAUCGCCUCCUCCAGAUAGGCCCCUUGUACAUGUGAGGAAUAGUGCUGUAAUAUGUUAUGAAGAAAACUAAUACACACGGGAUGUGUUUUACUUUGCUAUGUAAAAACUCAAUUAAAUCUUAACAUGCCACCGAACCUGUACAUGGUUACUCAUUUAAAUGGUUAAAAAUGGGCAACGAAGCCACUUAAAUGGGCUAUUUCCUCACAUAUACAAGAGCUGUUAGUCACGUAUACAAGGGCCCUCUUAUUCUAUGACUGUAACCAAGUCACAAGGUCAAACUUUUGACAAAAUAUGUGCUUGUAUUCCUAAGCCUGUGUUUACACAUGGACAGCUUUAUGUAGCCAUUUGAAGGGUGAGAAUUUUUGAUUCUGUUAAAGUAUUCGGUCAAUCACUAUCCUAAAAUCCUGUAUUUAAAGUAAUAAUUUUGCAAUAAAAAUGUAAUCACAAA